GCGGAAACGGAGAACUUGUUGUGUUUGUUUAGGUGCACGCAUUCUGCAGCUCAUCGGUGGGGCAAGACGACUCGUCGUUUGUGAAUCAUGGAAUCGACGAGAGGAAGGGCCAAACGCAGGCACUUGGGGCCCUCAGAAUGUAGUGAUCUGCUGCAAAGCAACCCAGGGGACCAGUCUCUCACACAGCCUUUUAAUGCUAACCUCAGCAACGCGGAUCCAAACCGAGCACUUCAGCCCAGGACACCCACCAAAAGAAGUAGACAAGGUGGUGUGGGACAACAGAAAGGCAUCACCGAUUUCUUCUCUGUCUCUGGAGUCAUAAGCACCAGCCCCCAAAAAGGAACCAAAACUCCAGUGAAGGAGGAGAACGAAGAACAGGAACCGAUCGGGCAUCUGAUCCCAAAAGAAGAAAAUCUAGAAGAGGAUAAGAUGGAGGACUAUAUGGAAGGAAUCACUGAGGAUAUGUUCGACGAAGACUUUGAGGUAGGAACUACGUCUGUUAAAAAAGAAGAAGAAUUGUUGGAUGUUACGGUGAGAAAAGAGGAGGAUCUGGUCGAAGCCCUCCUUGAUGCCCACUACGGGCUCCUGGGAGUGCAGGAAGGCCAGGAGGUGCCCAAGGGCCAUGUCCAGGAUCUGCCUGAGGAGGUCCUGAGGGAAGUGUUCGCACACCUUCCAGCAGAUGAUCUCUAUCGAAACAUCAGUCUGGUGUGCCAUCACUGGAGGGCCGUCGUCAUGGACCCCCAGUUUCUACCUUGGAAGAGGUUGUACUGCAGAUACCGUAAGCGGCAAAAUGAGGCACUGAAGGAGGUGAAGUCUAUCCUGGAUGAUAAUCAAAUUAACAAAAAGGAUGACCUGUGUCUUCUCAAUAUGGUGAGGUACAUGUCUCAAUUCAAACACAGCAAAAGGGUGAAUGUGAAGGACGUGUUGGCGUGUGUGAAAGGACAUCAGCUCUACGCUCAUGCUGAAGCCUGCAUCAAAGACAGAAUGCCAGACAUGGUGGAUGAUGAGAGUCCAAACCCUUGGUCUGCCAUGGCCCUGAUGUUGAUUUUGGCUGACGGAGUGAAAGAUGUCUUGGACUUGGUAGCUCUGUUGCGGAAGUCUGGGUGUCUGCUGACAGCAGGAGGAAUCUCAGAGUACCUGUGGGCUGUGGCGACUUUGCUCCUGGCCAUGAGAAAGAAUAAUAUUAACAUAAGCAACAGGUGGCAUUACAAUAUCUUCUAUGUGCUGCACUUAAUGGAGAACGCUCCUCCUCCUGUGGGCUUGCAAGACAACAGGCAGCAAAUCACUCAUGAGCAACAGCAGAUACUCAACCACGACAUCCAGAAUCAUCACGUUGUUAAAAUAAUGGCUUUUGCAGGCACUGGAAAGACGACCACACUCGUGAAGUAUGCUCAGCAAAGGUCACAUAUGCGCUUCCUCUACCUGGCCUUCAACAAAUCUGUGGCAAUGCAAGCUCAGCGCUCAUUUCCACACAACGUUGAAUGCAGUACCGUCCAUUCAAUGGCCUUCAGAUCUGUGGGAGUGAGGUAUAAAAACAUGAGGAAACUGUCCAGUAAUUUGCAAGUGUUUGAUGUGGCGUGGAUCUUGCCUAAAGGACACGGGGGAUUCGUCAAUGCUAAAGUGGUGACGCAAACCUUCCACAAUUUCUGCGCAUCCGUAGACCAGCACGUUGGUCCACAACAUGUUCCAUAUAAGUACAAGAACACGCACGGACAGCCAGAAUACCCAGACGACCACCAAAAAACGACAUUUGCUGGUCUCGCACAAAAGUUAUGGGACCAAAUGGUAGAGCUGAAGUCCAGAAAAGAGAGAGUGUACAACAUGACCCAUGAUGGAUACCUCAAACUCUGGCAGCUGUCUAGACCACAGCUGGACCGAUAUGAUGCCAUAUUUAUUGAUGAAGCUCAAGACUGCACACCAGUUAUUAUGGGCAUUAUGCUCUCUCAGAACUGUGGGAAAAUCCUGGUUGGAGAUCCGCAUCAACAGAUUUACACUUUCAGAGGAGCGGUUAAUGCUUUACAUGCUGUUGCUCACACACACAUCUACUAUCUCACACAGAGCUUCAGGUUUGGAUCAGAAAUCGCAUACGUUGGUGCUGCAGUAUUGGACAGUUGUAAAAAAGUGAAGCAGAUAUUGGUUGGUGGGAAUCAGGAAGGGAGUGUACGAGGGGAGGACACACAAACACUGCAACAACUGAAGCUGGGACAGAGGCUGCCAGAAGGGAGCGUGGCCAUUCUGAGCCGCUGUAAUGUCACUGUUUUCAGCGAGGCUGUCCGACUCACAGACGUCAACCCCAACUGCAAGAUCUACAUUGUGGGAGGUGUUGAAAACUUUGGACUGGACAAAAUUAUGGAUCUCUGGGUCCUGAUGCAGCCAGAGGACAAACGCAAGAAUGAGAGCCUUGCGAUCAAGGAUUACUUCAUCCGAAGUUUCUGCAAAGAUAAGAUGGGCGGAUUCAGAGGUCUGAAGGGAUACGCCAUGGCCUCGGAAGACCGAGAGCUGGAGGCCAAGCUAGCCGUGGUGGAAAAAUACAACAAACGCAUUCCAGAGCUGGUCAAACGGAUCUAUGAUCGUGCCCAGAAAAGCGCAGUGUGUGCAGAUUUUAUCCUUGGUACGGUGCAUAAGGCAAAAGGCCUGGAGUUUGACGCAGUGGUUGUGACGGAUGACUUCAUGAAAGUACCGUGUGGACGACACAACCUGCAGAGUGUGGGCGGUUUCAAUGCAGGUUUGUGGCAUUUCUUUAGGAAUAUGGACAGCAUGGACGCGGGCGGCGUUCUGUGUUUGACCUGUGCGGAGCAGCGUGUGGGACCUACAGCCUUCCUGCUCUCUCCACCUGAACGGGUGGAGAAUAAGCAGCGUGUCUUUUUCCGGGUUUUUCUGGCAGCUUUAGAAGGACCUGUUCAAGCCCUCGAUAACCACAGUAUUACAGCUGUUGUGAACGACACAAUAGUUGAGGAACACUAA